GGGGCCGGAUGCGGACGGGCGGCCGCCGAGAGGGGCUCGGGGCCGCCGUGGGGCCCUGCGAGCCGGACGCAGCGGGCCGGGCCGUGGGGGGCGACGGCGGAAGGGGCCCGGUGGCCGCGUUGACAGGGGUCUGAGGGUGCGUUUGGCCUGGGCCGUGCGGUCACCCGGGACCCCGACCCCGGAAACGGGCGCUCCGAGCUCCGCGGGCCCCACGCGAAGGGCUGCAGCACCUCCACCUCCUUCCCGCCCCCGGUAUGGACCGGUGCCCAUUGUCAGCAAGUUAUGCGUCCCCCGCCUCUUUCAGGUGAGAAAACCAUGAGUCCAGUGAGGUUACGUGACCAGCCCAAGUUCGUACAAGUUUAGUGAAAGGGAAACCAAAGAUUUUUACCAGAUUCUCAUACUGAUGAGAGAACCAUUCUGGUAACCAGACUACAGCUCCAAGGUGUCAGUAGUAAUCCCAGUAGUGUCCCUUCACCGAAACGGACAUGCAUCCCCUCAUCCUGUGUGGUGCAGGCCUCCACAGCCAGGUACACGAGAUAAUCCAUUGAGAAAAUGGAAACAGACUGUAAUCCCAUGGAGCUAAGUAGCAUGUCAGGCUUUGAAGAAGAUGCACAGCUUAAUGGUUUUGAAGAAGCUGAUAUGAAAGAUAUGAAGCUAGAAGCUGAAGCAGUUGUCAACGAUGUUCUCUUUGCUGUUAACAACAUGUUUGUCUCAAAAAACUUGCGCUGUGCAGAUGAUGUGGCCUACAUCAAUGUGGAAACAAGAGAGAGGAACAGAUACUGCCUGGAGCUGACUGAAGCAGGGCUCAGGGUGGUAGGUUAUGCUUUUGACCAAGUGGACGAUCACUUACACACCCCCUAUCAUGAAACAGUCUACUCUUUGCUGGAUACCCUCAGCCCUGCCUACCGGGAAGCAUUUGGAAACGCACUCCUUCAAAGACUGGAAGCUUUGAAAAGGGAUGGACAGUCAUGACUAAGCUUUUUCCUUCUAGAGGGGGCUGCUGCUGGUACAAAAUGUUGACAUAAAGCUUGAAAUUCUUACAUAUUGUCAUAGUGGAAAAUGCAUCUUUGGUUUUAGGUCUAUCAUUUCUUGCUUCAAAUUUAGGCUUUUGACUCAUAUUAUUAUUGACUAAUGGAUUCUCUUUCUUAGUUUUGGAUUCAUUAAGGGAAUCCUGAGGCCAUUGCUGUGACACCAUCUUUAAGACCUUCAAAUUUCUUCGUAUAGUAUCUCUGCGUUUCAAAACCUAAUCAGUAUUUCAUUCUGUUGUUUCAGGAUUUCAAUGCUGCCAGCACUGUCUUUUACAUAGGAAAUUCUAGGUUUGCACAGUAAUAGACAGGAAUUAAAAUGACCUAACUUCAGACUUUGAUUCAGCUUGCUGAAUCAGGGGUCUGCUACUAGCUUGGACUGACUUUGUAGUAAUUAUUUUGCUACUAGCCUUAUCGGAAACAAAUUAUCAACUAGUUUCCCCUGCACAAAUUUUGGAAUUCACUGCUUCACCUAAUCUAUUUAUAUUACUAAUAUGGACUGAUAAAGAUGAAUCAAUUAUAUAUAUUACUUCGCUAGUAUUAAAUGGAAAACAGGUACUGAAAUGAUAGUUCUGUAUUCCUUGUUUGCAACAGCCAGCCAACUAAGAGGACAAACCGUUAGCAAAUGAAUGUAGUAAUCACUUGUUUCCAAGAUAUUGAAGCACAUAAGCAAAUAUAGGAACAGGCUCCAUUUUUCUUAACAAAAAAACAUCUUCAGUGUGUGUGUGAUUGAAAAGGAUGAAGAUUCUGAUGUCCUAGAAGACAAUAUUUUGGCCUGUGUUGAUUCUUAUUAUGAAUGUUUGUUUACAUAAUGUACAGUAUAUAUUCAGAAAGUAUUUUUGCUUCUACGUUUGCUUUCUCUAACGCAGUGCUCUGGUAUUCCCGCAGCUCCCCCCUACCCCCCGCCCUUUCCCAACAGAUGCACAGUGUGCCGUCUCCAUGCUAAAUCUGAAUGUAAUGUGAGUGCAUCGUGUGGGUUUGAAACCAAAGGAUGAGUGGAACAUUCAGAAGCUUAAUAGCUUAAUAUUUAAAAGAGGGAGACUUGGUUUUUAUAUUUGAUUACAGGUACUAAUAUUUAUAAAAAAUAAACUGUGCCAUGCUGCUACAUGGUUUCAAGUACACGUGGGAUACGAAGGAUCGGGGAGUCGACUUCUUAGUAGCAAUCUAAAGCAGCAGCUGUGGAAAUGUUGAACUACAUUCUGCAUCUGGACGCACCUUCGUAAUUUGUCAUCUGCGGACCUUUUUGAAUCAUGAUUAGGCAAUAGGUACUUUUAGGCUCUGAAGGUCAUGUAGACCAGAUUGAAGUUUGGUUUGUAUCAGUAUUCAUUGUCAGAGGUCACCGCAAGGCUCUAACUAUGUUUGCUAAAUGCGUGUUCAUUCACAACUUUAUUUUCAGAUGCUAACUGUUUGGGCAGUGAAGUCCAACUGCAGGUCGGAUUUUCUCACGCUUACUCUCAGGCUAAAUAAAUGUAAAGGAGAUUUGUAAAGUUUGAAUAAAAUUCUGUUUACUCAUUCUGA